AUGCGCCUCUUUUCCACGACGCUCCUUGCGCUGGCGGCAGCGGUCGCGGCCGUCUGCCCCGACCCGGAGCUCAAGUCGCAAUCGCCGAUCGACUUGCCCAAGCUCGAGCCGACGCCCAACACGCAGAACGUGACGAUGGCCUUUACCAACGCAGCGAACGGCGUCAUGAUCAACGAAGGCGACACCAUCAAGGUCAAGUGGGACGGCGGCAAGGACGCGACGUUCGCCCUCAACGCCAAGGCGUACAAGACGGCGCAAUUCCACUUCCACGCGCCCAGCGAGCACACGGUGCGCGGCUACAAGUACCCGUUCGAGAUGCACAUUGUGCACCAAGCCGACGACAAAUCGCUCGCGGUCAUUGGCAUCCUCUUUGAGGAGGGCCCGGACGAGAAUGCAUUCCUCAAGAGUUUCUGGCCCUCGAUCAAGGACCUCGGCGGCGUGCACUCGAACGUGUCGGUGGCCAACGUGAACGCGGCGCCGCUCAAGCUCACGUCGGCCUCGAGUGUGUACCGCUACUCGGGAUCCCUGACGACGCCGCCGUACACGGAGGGCGUCGAGUGGACGGUGGUCACGGCCGUGCAAACCAUGUCCAAGGCGCAGCUGCAAAUGUACAAGGACAAGAUCCACGAAGACGGCGCGCGCCCGGUGCAGCCACUCUUUGGCCGCAAGAUCACGCUCUUUCAGUCGCCGUAAUUCUGUCCUUUAUAACAAAUUUCUGUCUUUGUCGAA